CUCAAUUAGCCGCUUCCUUAUUUUGUGCAUUUAGGGCAGCGGGAGAAAACGUCGAUAUGAUGAUGCUAUGACACGGAAUCAAUGCUGCACCUUGAGGGGUCGCUCACAGUACUGAAAGAUAUCAAAUGAAGAAUUGAACCAUCUGGACAUUUGCCUCCGUCUAUUCCAACUGCCAGACUUCUCUUCUAGGCAAUACUGCAGCUGAAUGGCCAUGCAUCUCGUCCAGUGUCUAUUAGCUGCCUCUUUAAUCGCUGCUACCACGGCAGCUCCUCUCCUGAACCAAGAGGUCAUCACCGAAACGCAACAUAGGGCGUGCGUUUACGGGGCCCCGAAAAAGUAUGACCACUGGACCAUUCACUAUCACGAGGUGAAGCCGCCAUCCCAGUUCCCGAUGCACUUUGUUCUCGAUCCAGCAUGGGUAGCGCGCCACCAAAACGUUGGAGAUGCAGACCAUUUCUCUUUGGGCACUACCUGGGUCCCAUGGGCCGAAAAUAGGUGCCAGUACACCUGCAACGCGAGGAAGAAAUGCGUCUCUUGGGUUGGGUAUCAAACUAAGCACUCGACGCCCGAAGAUGGAGAAUUUUCUUGCUAUUUCUUCGAUGCCCUCAUUCAGCCCGAGAAUAUUGUGCCGCGCGCACCAGACGAACCUUUCAAACUUACGCAUGCAUAUAACAGGCUCUGCGAGAAUGAUACUGAGAUCUAGGUAUAGGGUGACUGUGUCUCAAUGGCAGCCCGGUGUAGGUGGAUGGGAUUGCGGGAGAUUGUAUGCAUGGGAGGCACAGCCUUCAACAAAAUGUUAUCAGUAAUGUAAUGUCCAGGAACAAAAUAAUGAUUAGCGUACCUUGAAGCAUACCGAAUUAAUAACCCCAUUGUACAUUAUUGCCGAA